CGAACUUUUGGCGCGGAUGCAUCCCGAUUAACGUUACGCGCUCGGAUUAUAGUGCGUUAUGAACAAGUGAAUAUCGAGUGAAAACAUCGCGAUCCUCGUCUCUAUCCUGCCUCUCGUGACGCAGUUUCGCGUUCAACGCAUCGCGAGAGUAGAUAACUAAGACGGAGAUUCGUGAUAGCAAUCAGAAUUACGCGAAUGUAUAACCUAACCAAAAAAAAGGAGGGCGGUCGCGUAACAAAGAGGACAUUUAUGUUUGGUACUCACGAUUGGAGACAGAUGAAGUUGGAUGGAAGAGCGAAGGUGCGAGAGAGACACAUGGUGAUUGUGUGUGUGCAGUCAGGAAGGAGACGCGAGAGAGAGAAGAAAGAGAAGGAUCACGCGUGCGGUUCCUCGGUUGUUAGGUCGUCGUUACACAGGUUCUUAAAGGUCCCGUGGUCUGGCGUCUGGCUGUGUGUAGAGUGGAGUGUAGCGAGCGCGGGGUUCUCGGUGUCGCCGCUUCGGUCGGUGCGCGCGCAGAGCCUCGACCGGCGUCCGCCAGGAGUCGCUGGCGCUGUGGCCGGCCUCGGGCUGCGCGAGCGGGCCGUUCAGUCUAAUUUGAACCGUCGCGCGCGCCCGACGCGGGGCGACCGACAAUCCCUUCUCCGCCUCGACGUGACACGAGGCUCCUCGUGCAUGCCGCGUGCAACACACGCGCCGAUCCCCCGCACGAUAUUAACCGAACGCGUGCCCGCCAUCCAGCACAACCGACAGAAGCAUCGUUGCCAUCGUAGAAUCGGUGUCGAAGUUGAACCGUGUACUACGAUCGUCUCUUCGGUCGCUCCUCCUCGCGAAUCCGACGACCACGCUCGUUGCUCCGUUCACCGUCUGCCGAGAAUUUUCGCUCGCAAACCAGCGUUUCGUGUUUCGCUCGUUCCCGUUCUUACGUUACUCGCGAUUCGUUGACGUGCGCGAUCGUUGUCGUCGUCGUCGACGACGUUAGUGCCGCGAUCACCGCGAAACGUCGACAAGUCUGGACGGCAACGGGGAGGAGGAGGCGGAAGAAUCGUGUGGUAAAACUGAACAGUGAAGUGCGUCGCGCAAGGGCUAGACUUCGACGGUCGACACUACCAACCGCGCGAGAGCCUCGUGAGUAUAUUUAAAUAGUGUGUCUCUCUGGCUGGUCAGAGGAAGCCGACAGUUUCUUGAUCUUCUUCUUCGUCGUCAUCGUCGUCGUCGUCGUCGUCGUUGUCGUCGUUGUCGUCGUCGUCGUCGUAGUCGUCGUCGUCGUCUUCUUCUUCUGCUUCGUCCUCUUCUUCUUCUUCUUAUUCCGCUCCUUCCUACGUCGUGUGUCAUCAUCCUCGGCUUUUCCUCGUUCGGAGUGCAACGUGAUACGACGAGAGACCGAGCCACGAGAUCGGGGGUGGCGCGAAAUUCUUUAUCAAUUCUCGACAAUUUAUUUCGAGAUACGGAAACAGUGCCGCCGACUCGCCACCGGGAGAGUGCUCCAAAAAAACCAAAAUCAAAUACGGUCGAACAGGACGAACAGGUCGAACAUACAAUGAAGGAGUAGUCGAUUCGACGUGUACGCACAGGAUACAACGAUCGUCGAUUUGGUGAACCAAGUCUCUCGAUCGAUCCGAAAAAGGUUUGAAAUCCAACGAAAAAGUCGUAGAAGUACUCUAUUAUUUUCAAUAUAGGAGUGUCGCGUAUAUAAACAAAACUAUUUACAACGCAGGCACAACAUUAAGAACGGACGACGGCGCCUGUUACGGAUACAAGAAAUCGCGAGCAGGAUGUUAUUCUUCAUCGAUCGACAGGAUGAUCGCGAGUUUUGAACUGUACUUCUCGAUGAGGUUUAGAGGGAGUACAAUCGCAGUAGCCGGCGGUCGUGAUCGUUUGCGAUAAUCGCGAAUAGACGCAGUACGAAUUCGUACCGCGGUGUUCCUGUCGCAUCCAUCCCGAGGCAUCAAGGAUGAAGAGGACGGUACUAGGCUGGACGAAGAGCAGACAGCUGAGAAUCUGUCCGAUGGAAGUCCCGAUGUUUUGCUGCUGCCGGUGGUACAACACCUCGUGAACGAGCGAUUCUCAUUAUUCGACGACAGUCGUCUACGGAAGGAAGGAGACCUUGGUAGACGAAGGGGUCGCGAAGACAGCAGUUUCCGAGCGAAUGAGGCUUCGCUGAAGAUUGAACGCGUGCGAGAGACAGGAGGAGAGGGACGCGAUAUCGAUAGCGAAAGAGAUCUUCUCGCGAGAUUUUUAGGCGAAUUCGCGAACAAAGAAAGAGAAGAGAAAGCACCAGAGAGAAAGCGACAGAGAGAGAGAGAGAGGGGAGAGAGAGAGUGUGUGUGAGAGAUAGAGAGAAAGAGAGAGAGUGGUGUGUGCUGCGUGCGGGGUGACCGAGGUGUCGACCUCACCCCCGAUUAAACCAGCAAGCAGGUCGGAUGAUGUGGGCGUCUCUGUUUUUGGCCGGGAUCUUAAGCGGCUGGUGGGGCGCACUGGCGCUCGCUGCGGCACCCCCCGCCAAUUGGAACUCCCUCGAGGAGACGUCGACGAGGACCACCAGCGACCAUCCACCAUCGAUGAGCAUCGCCGCCGUUGAAAAGCCCCUCGAUUACCGUUUACCAACUUGGAACUUCGUUACGCGAACUAUCGAUAUACGCGAGCAUCGAACAGCCGACCAGACCCUCGCCCAACCUACGCGAGAUUACAAAUUACCGGUUGACGACGACGUUCAACCAACGUCACGGCUUAACCAACGAUCCGAACAACUUUGGAAGGAACAGCAAGAGAGAAGAUUCCCCUCGAACUUGCAACUCGCCACCGAGAAUGAUAAACUGUUCGUUGCAUCGGAUUCGUGGACGUACCAGAAGAUCGGUGACGAGGGUCCAUCGUCGACGAUCGAGCAAGCUUCUGGCAGUUAUCGAACUCCGACUUUCCCAGUGGGAAACCUUCGUUCCCAGGAUGCUUCGAAGAGAUACACGACUCAGGAAGAGUUCGACGACUCGAUACGCGACGUGUUCGUAUCAUCGUCGAAGCGGGUCAACCGUCGUCUAGAUGACGAGACGGCGAACGUUUAUCCAAAGAUGGAGGAGACCGUAUUGACCCAGCUACCUCGUCACUCGUCCACGCAAACACCGAUCCUGCGUUCGUCCGGAACCGAAUCGUCGAUGGAGAGGCCGCGUGUCAUCAGAUCGACCAAGCAACGACCAAAGAACCGUACGAAAGCGGACUCGCCGAGAGAACAGCGACGAAGAUGCCGGAACAAGGGUUGUCGCGGUCAGAAUUGGUGUCCUGACGUGGACGUUGGGAACAGAGCUUAUCUAGCGCCAACGGUGUUCGAGGGAAAAGCGAGAAGCAUGUCCUCUGUGAGGAAACCAGGCUCGAACUACGCGGUGACGUUCGAGGUGAAGCAAGUAUACAAAAGCCAGCCCGGUUUCCAGCCGUUGCAAAAGAACGACAGCGUCAGGCUGCACUUUCGAGACAAAUCGGCGCCCGGCAAGUCGACGGUCUGUGGCUACGACAACGAUGGGAAGCAGCAGCAGCAGCAGCAGCAGCAACAACAACAACAACAACAACAACAGCAGCAACGCGAUAAUCAGAGUGGUGUGGUGCGAGCCAAUAUUAAGAGGGGUAAAGUGUAUCUAGUGUUUGUGAAUCGCGUGGGACCCAGAAACUUCACGAUCCUCGGUGAGCCGGUGAUACGAAGCAAGAAGAACGAACAGGCGGUGCAGGCUGUCAUUCGACCGGAUUACGUGAGGGAGGUUACGUUGUCCGAGCUCAGGGACUCGAUAGCGAGGUUACGGGAGAGAGUGAAGCUCGUAUGCCGAACGAGGGGUUCUCCGCCCCCAAGGGUGCACUGGCUGAAAGACGGUAUACCGCUGCACCCUCGAAGAGGCCUCAGGAUUCAACACAAACGGCGGAGAUCGAAAGUGGUGAUAUCCUCCGCGAAACCCGAGGACAGCGGCAGAUACGAGUGCGUAGCGGAGAGUACUUCCGGUCAUCGAGCCUCACUCGCGGCCCAGCUUCUAGUCGCUCACGAUACGAGAGUUUCGGAAACCACGACAGCGGCCUGGCCGAGGCAGGAGCAGCCGUGUCCGAUAGCUGGAGACUUCUGCAUGAACGGUGGUACCUGCCUGUUUUUCGAGACCGUCGGUGAACCAGCAUGCAGAUGCGCGGAAGGCUUCACGGGUCUGCGGUGCGAGACGAAGGACGUCAUCAGCACCGGAAAUAUGGAUAAGUUCUCUUCGUUCGCCGAGGACGUGACGCUCGCCCGCUUCUAGCGCAUCUAGCGGCACUGUCAAGCUUGCACAUCGGGACAUUCAUCGUGUUUUGUUUUGUUGUAGCCUCACCCACAUUCCUUCCCAAUACCCCUUCAGGUUCCUACAUACGCGUCCUCGACUUCUCCACUCUCCUCGGGCUCUCCACGUUUCCCCGCGCUAUCUCCAUUCCCCGACCCGACCAAACGUCUCGAGCUUUCGCGACCUUCUCACCUCAUCCUUCUCGGGACUCCAACGUUUUCCAUUUUCCCGCUUCGUUUCCUACAUCUUCUAUCUUAUGCUCCUGUUCGUCGUUGCCUCGUUUCGUGCCCGCAACGAGUACCUGGCUACGCCGUCAAUUUUCAGAGGAGAGCCCCAGGAGAUGAAGCAGCAAUUCGCCGACCAACGUCAUCCACGCGCAUCCCGCAUCCUGGAUCGUCGAUAAUUCAGCAUCGUCGUCAACUAGUCUGCUCGAAUUCACUGCGGGGAGCAUACUUUCCGGAAGGUUGAGCCUUUCAGGAAGUCCUUCUGAUACGCCAAGCUACGUCCUCUCCGACAACAUCGGCAACGUCCAUUCUUCCACCUUGAUCGUACCGAACAAGAGCAUCGUCGAGUGGUUCGACAUCGUCCAAGAGCAAACACGAAGAACGGAGAAUCUCAAGAAACAAGAGUCGCCAUCCAAUGGAAACACCGUGUUCACGGACGGAAAAAGUAUCGUAGCUGAAUUCGACGUUCGAAAACAACGAGGGAAAUGUCCAGCCAUUCUCUUUUUGCCCCGUUAUUCCUCUCUUUCCCAUGGUUUCCGCAUGAAAAUGUGAGAAAUACGAUAAACGUUGCCGCACCGACUAACGGCACGGGCAAAACUAUCGUGGCCAAAUCAAAUUUAAGUCCCAUGUGUGUAAACUGUAUUUGCAGAGAUAUGUUUUUCCUGGCAUUUCGCGCGGUAUGUCCCAACAGCUUUAAUUUUCUCCCUUGGGAUCGGCGUUGCGCUCGUCCAUCAUUUACGCGUAUCGAAAAUUAAAGCGGGACUCGGAACGCGUACGUACGUACGCGAAUCGAUUUUUCUUUCGCGAAUCAUCGUCGAGAAAGCGGCAACAUCGUCUUCCGACGUGCUCACGCUUUAAAAUCUCCUUUAAUCUUUCUUGAGAAGAGCAAGUCGCAAAUACAUGUUUCCCUUUCUUUUUUCGAACUUCCUGUCGCUCGGGAGGUUUGCACCGGGCGAAAGAACUCGACAGGUAAGAAAAGGGAUAGAGAGGAAAAAAAGAAACGGGGUAGACGUCGUAAACCUUAUCCGCAAGCACGUGCGGAUCGUUAGAACACCACGUGGAGGCGACGAUUUCGUUUUACGGGAUUGCAGGAAGAAAGGCACGACAUGGACGAUCCCGGAUCUUGUAAUAGGAUUUCUGGGAUCAACGAGUCUUCCUACGCGACAGCCAAUGUCUUCGAGGCAGAAACGUAAUUGCGUGGAGCGACGUGAAUUUCGACGAUUUCGAAAACCUGUUUGGCUCGUCCAAUUCCUUCGAUAUAAUUCCAUCGAAAUGUUAUCGAACGUAACAACGUAUUCUCGUUCGUUUGCAAAAUCAAGCGAAACUAUCAAGAACCAGUUCGCGAUUAAUUCGUCGACAGGAACGGAUCUGCCUCGAUGAACGGCCCGAUGUUCCAAACGUGGAGCAAUGUUACCGUGAAAAGACGCUUCUCGGUUUUCGAGCGACAGUUCGUCGAAACGUAUGUCAGACGCCUCCAGGAGAGUAUUGUACAAAGUAUUCCUUGUAUCCCUUCGAGCAGCGUGUGUGCGUGCGGUGUGUGCGUCGAACACCAAUCGAUGGAAACGACGAACAGCGAUCGAUUCGUCUAUUCUUCAGGGAUAAAGCAAAAAUCGUGAGAUUGGGUGGAAAUUGGUCGACAGAGUCGUUUGUGGCCCUACUUUUCGCCUGCGACAAGGGUGGUUGCGUUAUUACGCCGGAACCGAAGAAAUCAGGCUGCACUUUAAUUAACGGAGUUCGCGGCAAAGCAUCGUCGUAAGAAUUGUUACGCCUCGACAGCGAACGAGUAAUUGCAUUCUCGCUGGCAUCGUCGUCGAGAAUCGUAAUAUCGGCCUCGAUUGGCCUCGCCGAAACGAUCGUCGACGGAAAAUAGGAAAUAGCAGGGAACGAUGGUAACGGUGGGAAACAAGGCGCGUUUAUAAUCAAGUCGAAUGCAACGAUAACAGCCAGCGAGUUACUCGUUAAGAAGAAAAACUAACGGCUAAAAUGCCUUUCUCUCUCUCUCUCUCUCUCUUUCUCUCUCUCUCUCGCUUCUCGCGUAUUUUAAUGUUACUCGAGUGAAAUUUGGCAUACAGAUCGAGACCGUGGUGUUUCGCGUUUCCAUCGAUCGGUGAACACACGCACGCUUACUUUUUACAUUUUAGAGCUAUAAAGAAUUACAUAUAGAUAGUUGUUGAACGAACGAGCGAACAGUGUUCCAGAGUUCUUCUUGCGAGAGAAGAGGAAAUACUUUACCAUUCUAGCGAUAUAUCAGAAACUUUGAGAAGAGAAGAAAAUCGUGGCAGCGUAUGAUGUCCGUGCAAGCUUACUAGUGCCGCCGUGCUUUUUCGUUACAAAUUUAUUUCGUCGCUCGUACCUAUCGAACGAUUUGUAUGAAAGUCAUCGUAAGUCAUCGAUGGCGCGCCGUUCCGUCUAGUGCCGUUCCCCUUCCCAACCCCAAGAUUCUAUUAACUAGCUGCUGUUAAUAUUGAUCUUCAAAUAGAUGACAAUUAUUCGAGUAUCGGGUAUUCGGCUACGUCCGAAAGAUUCUGAUUUCUUUUCACACUCGAUCUUGUUACUAAGAUAAAGAAUAAAACACGAAUGUCGACACCGGAACGGAACGACGAGCCUGAUCAUAGCGAACAAAAGAGGAAUGUAUUUUAUGAUAUUUUACGCAUAAAAUGAUCGUAAAUCGAAUAUAGCGAUUAGUCCAAGGUAAACUUAAGUAGAGGUGUAUAAAUGAGAACCCAAAGUGUGCAUAAUGUUGCACACGAUAUUUACAAGGGCUGAAAAGUGAACGCGUCGAUUUUCUCGAGCGAGUGAAAAAGGGCCGCGGAACGGUGAUUGCGUGCUAACGAUUGUACCAACGACGAUGAUAGUUAAUUACCGAUAGGCGAUCGUCGAUCAUUAUCGUUAACAUCUAGCCCCGUAACGAGAUCAUCCUGUGCCAGGAUCGCAUGAAACGGAAAUGCGACCAACCCACUUCCGGGACGUUACGUUUUUUUUUUUUUUUUUCUACGGAAGUGAAUAAGAACAUCGGCAACUGUUCCGUGGUAAUUGCCCUAUCACGGAUAACACUAAGCGCUACUGUAAAAUAUUGUAUAUUAUUUCACGUUAUUUAUUUUUCAAUGUUUUUACUAGGAGACGCGUUUUUACGAUACUCAAGAGAAUUAUCGCGUAAUGUUAUAGAGACAUGACUCGUUCUGAUCCGCGGUGCUGUGCUUACAUGUGACGACCAAACGGACCUGUCAAUUUCGGACCCUUUUAGUAUUUGUAGCGAUCGUUCAGAGUGAUAGAAUAAAAGUCAAACUAAACUCGAAGGUACAAUAAAGCAAUGGUUUUCAGUCACAAUUCAGACUUUACAGUCACAGCGGAUCAGCCGAAUUAGAGUGUUUAUAAACUUCAACGUAUUUCCAGCAGCUUUUGCAGUGUGUAAAACUAACCAGAGAAACCGAAGCAAAUCUAGUCUAGGCGAGAUUUAAGAGCGUACAGCUUGCGCGUUAAAGAUUAUUACGAACGUGCCGUCCGCCCUCGAAAUGAUUGCACGUGGUCAUAAGCGUGAACUGCGCCAACACAUGCGGAUACAAGCAAGCUUGCCUUGUUCUCGAAAGUUAAGUAAUGUUAGUUUUGAAAAAAGAGGGCCGAUCGAACGAUUCGUUUUGUACGACGCGUGACAGGGAACGAUUACGUUCCAUGCUGGUCUAAUAGCGAACCAAGUGCACUAUGGAUCGUAUGGCUAAUUCUAGCAGCACGAAGUACUAACGAGUUAAUAGCGAAAUUGUCGUAAGGGAAAAACGAACGCUGCAGGUAUUAACGAAGCAUAAGCCGCUGUUGAUGUUUCCUAACGUGGUCUUCGAUUUCAGUCGAAGAGAUCGGGUACAAUAGGUACCGAAAACGAGGAUAUUACGACCAAAUACCACUUAUACGACAUCGUAAAAUGAAAUAAAAAACGGAAAAAAAAUUUUAUGUAAGAGACGAAGUUUCUAUUGAAUUUCGGUUGAAGACGCAUCCAAAAAGAUAUGAUCCGAAUCCGCCGCAAUUACUUACACCUAACGAAGAGAAAUGCCUAGUCAACAUGUACGUGCUCCCAAAGAAUAUAUUUCCGUUCGGUAUUUAUCCAUUUCGAGAUUUCAUUUAGAUAUUCAUGUAUUACUGUAACAUUCUUUAAUCGUGAAUCGACAUCGAGAAAAAAAGGAAAACAGAACGAAGUAUUUGAUAAAUUUGGAGCACUUGUACAUUUAAGAAUAUUUAAGUAAUGCUAACGAUGUUACUUGCGAUUUGGUAUAUGACGAACGUCAAACACGAAAAAUAUUUUAUUCUAGUCGUAUCUUUCAUGCUUUGCCAAGUAAAAUAAUAUAAUUCCUGUGUUAAGUGUAAUAGUCAAUUAUGUUUUAAUAAAAUCUGCCAAGAUUCUUGUCAA